AUGGCUGAGAGCAAUGAUCUUCGGGGCUGGGUGAUGAGUGCAGUCUCAGGCGUGGCCUGUGUACUCGGAGCUGCCGUCAUCUGCAUCGAUCUGGUACUGCGCCGGGUAAUGCACGAUAAAAGUUUCCAGAUCGCCAAGAGCAACAAUUUUCUGUCAGCUUCAUUAUGUCUGAGUGCGGGUGUGAUGCUCUUCACCUCUCUCUAUAGUAUGCUUCCUACGUCACAGCAGUACCUCACACGCGCCGGCUUCUCACCCUCUCAGUCCGCCUAUAUAUUGAUCGGUCUUUUCCUCCUCGGUGUCAUCGUAAUUCGAUUCGUAUCCGCUUUCAUUCACCAGUUCAUCCCAUCCCAUGUCGUCGAUUGCGCCCACAGUCAUGGCGCCCCGGAACAAGACCCCGAACGUGGCGAAGGUCAAAUAAGAUCGCAAGAGGAUUCGCAUAGUCACACCCAUGCCCAUAGCAAUGGUAACACAGAGCGCACCCCUCUGUUGCGACCGGCACAAGCCAAGUCGUUCAACUCAACUCCCGCGGUCAUACAACGAACCACUCCCGCAGCCAAGGCCGUCAAGCGGGGAUCGUUACGCGUGAUGCUCUCGCGCCGGCUCAGCUCUCUCGUCGGUGGAGCCAAGGCCGUAUGUGACGAGAACGGACCAUGCUACGGCGUUUCCCAAACAUGUGGCCAGGAAUGCACCAAGGUGCUUCCAGAUGUCAAUCUGUCCCCCACUCUUAGCACUUUUGAAGUGACACGGCCGGGAUUGGUACCCCACCAUCAAGGUAUUGGAAUGCACCCUGACUCAGUCCAGGAACCCGAGGUACAUGCCAAUGUGGACUCUGUUUUGACGACAUCCGACACGGGAUACUUCGAUGCGAUUGCUGCCCAGCACCCUAUUCGCAGCGUGCCGGCCAGUGCUAGUGCUAGUACUACGAUCUCCGCCACCUCAUCUGAACAUAAUUUGCACCAUCAUUCAGAAGGAAAUACUCAUCACCAUUCAAGUACUACAUCAAAUCAACAUAACCAUGAUAGUCACGAAGACGAAGGUUACGACUCCGCUAAACCUACAGACGAAAGCCUUCAUCAUCACCAUGUCCCGCAAAAUGCCUUCCUCUCCAUUGGUCUUCAAACAUCACUCGCUAUCGCUCUGCACAAACUCCCUGAGGGAUUUAUCACAUACGCUACUAACCACGCUAGCCCAACACUUGGUCUAACCGUCUUCCUGGCCCUAUUCAUCCACAACAUCGUCGAAGGCUUCGCCAUGGCAUUACCCCUCUACCUCGCUUUAAGCUCCCGCUGGAAAGCAAUGUUUUGGUCUAGUCUACUAGGCGGAAUCAGCCAGCCAGCUGGGGCGGGUCUCGCCGCAAUUUGGAUUUGGAGUUCAUCUCACACUGGGAAAGAUGCUACUGGUCCCUCGUGGGGUGUCUACGGGGGAAUGUUCGCCGCUACAGCUGGCGUGAUGACCUCUGUUGCACUUCAACUUUUCAGCGAAGGAUUGGGUCUUACGCAUAAUCGAAGCAUGGGUAUUGGAUUUGCUGUUGGUGGGAUGGGGUUGAUGGGGUUGAGCUUUGCAUUGACGGCUUGA